GUACAUUACAUACAUUGCAAAUUGUAUCGUUUGAUGAAAAUUGUGUUAUUUUAGCAAUUUGCUUGCUUUUGUAUGAUAUUAAUUUGAUGCGCGUUAAUUUUGCAAUCAUUUGUUGUGCAAUGUAAAUUAUAGUUUAUUACUUCGCAUCGGAAAACACUCGAAUUCACACAGCUGUUUUCUUGUAAAGGUUGCCUCGACAACAUUACGAGCUGCUAAAGGGACGUUGUAGACCCUGUUAGGGCUACAUAGAGCAAGGCUCCAUUUUGUAAAUAGCAUAUUCUAGAUUUACUCAAACUACCCCAUUUUUAUUUACAUAAUAAUUAAUUUUACACAUAAAAAUAAGCUUCUUCUUUUAACUUAGUGUUGCGUUUAUGAACUAUUUUACUGUCCAGUGAAAAUAAUAAAACAGAUCUGAUAAUAGUCUAGCCACUGAUGGCAGAUAACAAGGACAGAAAAAAAGAAAGAAAAAUUUUGUUGUACGGUAUUAUAACGGGAUAAAUAAUGAGUAGGAACAACGUAGAAGUGGACUGCACACGGAGGUGUAGGUCUAGAGCUCACGGUCAAGCUCUGACCAGUGCAAUCACCAAGAGAUCCGUGUCUGAUGAAGCUCUAGCUAGCUUCAUCAAGGCGACAUGUGCAAAUUUCUCUAAGGCUUUUGAUUUUGAGGGCCGUACAGCCCUCCACAUGUCAGCAUCACGCGGGCGCUCCCGUCUCAUGGAGUGGCUCGCGAGACAUUCCACUGAGGCCUUUGUUAACGCGCGAGACAGAGAGUCUGGUUACACUCCCCUGCACAGGAGUAUCUUCUACGGACAGAUACAUACUGCUGUGGCGCUGAUGAAGAUAGGUGUAAACACGGACAUCGUCGACAAAGAUGACUACAGAGCUCUAGAACAUGCGAUGCUCGACCGUCAAUACAUGUAUAAACAUGAGGGCACCCAACCCAGCGACGCCUAUGUCUGGGGAAGCAACUCCAACUACACCCUCGGCACAGGAACGCAACAACAAAGGAAUAUUCCUGAACUUCUCAGCUGCUUUAGCCGCACCAAUACUUGUGUUAAACAGGUAUGCCUAGGCAAGUUCCACAGCGUGUGGCUAUGCUCUGGCGCUGGUGACAACGAAGUAUAUUGCAGUGGUCAAACGGCCCGCGCGGGGGGCCCUCACUCCACGGCGCUGCGGCCGACCCUGUUGCGUCUACCAGAGCCGUGCGUGUGUGUUGCUGUCACACUUACGUCCAGUGUCUUCUUACUGCAGAACGGCACGGUAGUCCAAUACUCGUUAAACAGCACGGACAACGCGAGUCAAUCGUCAGCAAAGACGCCGUCCACCAUCAAGUUACCAACGACUAAAGCUCUGCUGAAGCUGUCUGCACCGCUAGGAGUGUGUGGCGCGCGCUGGCACGCAUGCGUGUGGAACGCCCACGCGGUGUACACAUGGGGCACCAACGUGGGCCAGUUAGGGCACUCAAAUGAGGACAAAAUAGUGCCUGCGCCCAAACGGGUAGCAAUAUCAAUGAACAACAAGGAAGAGACGGGAAUCCAGCUAGUGAGCGCGGGUGAUGCAGCCACCGUGUUCACCACCAGCCGCGGGGAUGUGUACCUGCUGCAUAAGUACAUCUGCAAGAAGAUAGCUGUCAAACAGAUCAACCUACGUCAAGUAUGUGUGGAAGCUAAAGUGAGCGAGCAAGGUGCAUAUUCCCGCGUAACAGUGAUGCUGCUUACCAACGUGGGCCAGCUGCUGCUCUGGCAGGACACCACCAACACUGUCACCAGAUGCGUCUUCGGGUUGACCCACCAAAUUGUCAUAACCCACGUGGCUCUAACACAUGACGCGUUAUACUUCACAACAAAAUACGGCGAAGCGUUCAUUGGCUACAUCUCUCGCAAGGCCCCGCCCACUAAACCUCAGCCAAUCAAAAGAGAGAAAGAGAAAGACAGCAACAAAUCUGCGCUCGUCAAGUUUCUAGAAAAGGACGACUGUACGUCUGUCAAGAUCGUCAGAGUGCCAAAUGUGCAUCGAGCCGUGGCCAUCGUUGCGGAUAGCGAAGGACUUAACUUAGCUUGCUUACAGAUAAAACCGACUUGCGGCCUGACGUCUAUCCCGGAGUUGUCUCCAACCAGCAUGUCCAAACACAUGGAAUCUCUCAUGGAAACCGCCUCAGACGAUGAUAUGCUGCAUGAUGUUAUUUUUAAGGUGGGCACAAAACUCUACGCGGCGCACAUGUUCAUAAUAGCAUCUAACAGUGAAUACCUCUACAAAUUAUACCAGGAAAACAUAGCAACUAAUGGGGGGAAACCAACUGUUGUGUUAGAAAACAUCCACCCGGAUGUAUUUGACAGGAUUUUAAGGUUCAUGUACACGGGGACAUGUGACGUCACUCAGUUGGGACCCUGCGGGCUGAAGAUAAGAAGGGAAGAUCUGAACAUUGACAAGAAAGAAAAGGACAGCAGUAUUGAUGUCGACUUGGAUUUUGUUGAAAACGCAUCAGAAGUAUCAGCAUUCGAAGUAUACAACAAGAGUGAUAAUAAGAAACAGAGGUCUCGCCGCGCGCCCGCCCCUCCCCCGCGGCACUCUCACUGCGACCCCGUCAAGUUGUUACAAGCUUGUGCGAAGAGACUACAAGUACUGAAAUUGCACAAACUGCUCGAUAAAUUCUUCUACAAAGAGGGCACAAUCUGCCUGAAGGAGAGCGCGACAUACACCAAGCUCGAGCCUCCGUCGUGGGAGCGAGCCAACUUCCCGGAGCUAGUGGACACCAACGUGUGUUCCAAAGACAACGUGCCCAUACCUGCACACAAGUGUGUGCUAGCGGCCCGGCUGGAGUACUUCCAGGGGAUGUUCAUGCAUUCUUGGACAGAGAACAAACUACUGUCAAAAGUAACUCUACCAAUAAACCAUGGGAUCCUACAACCCGUGAUUGACUUCCUCUACACGGACUCGUGUCCAGAAGUGGAGAAUUCUGACAGUAUAGACUUUAUAUGCAGCAUGCUCAUUGUAGCUGAUCAACUGCUCAUCACGAGGCUGCGAGAAAUGUGCGAAGUGGCCUUAACAGGGCUUGUCAAUCUCAAAAACUGCACAGAACUAUGUCAAUUCGCUCACACUUACAACGCGACCCAACUGAAACAAAGCUGCAUGGAAUUCAUCUCACUCAACAUAUGCUCAAUCCUCGAGAACAGAUCCCUAGACUUACUGGAAGAAACCCUUUUGGAAGACAUUUCAAAUUACUACUGCAAAUUCAACCCUAUAAUGUCGUCUAGAAUAAUAACGCCGUUCUUCAACGCGCCAAGUGAUGAAAUCAUCGAUGAAUUUGUCAAAACGUAUCCAGUAGACCUUGAAGUCACUGACGAAGAGUAUAAAAAGAAUGACAGCAUCAUCGAAGUCAGCAAAAAGAAAAGGCAAUCCAAAAAGAUCGAAUAUACUGAAAGCGAAAAGGCUAGAAUGAGAUAUGAAUGUGUGAGUUCAGUGAACUCUUUAGACCUAUCCAAUGAUGCUUCAGGUGAUAUAACACUGUCUCUCAGUAAAAUCAGCAAGGAGACUGAGAAAGCUCCGGUGAAAGGAAAAUGGAUAGAAGUGCCAUCAGCUCUACAAAAACAACAGAAAGUACUCCAAGCAAGGUUGAAGGCGAUAACUUCUGCCAAAGACACACUUAAUGAGACUCCAACGGAAUCAUUCACGAUAUUGACAAAGAAUAAUUCGUCAAGUGCCAUAGACACUACACCGACAACUUCGCGAAUGUCGGUAUCACCGAAAGAUUCCCCGCUCGCCGAGUUAGCUAGAAGCCCUCAAGGCAAUUUCGUGAUAAGCCAUGUUGGACCUAAGUUAUCCCAAAAGCAGAGAAAGAAAAUGGCGAUGCAAGGAGACUCUCCACAAAACCUGGACGAUUAUUUAGCAAAUAAGUUGAGUAUUGGCAGUCCACCAGAUAAGCCGAAGAACCCGUGGAAGGUGUGUGCGCCACCCAUAGCCAGUAGCAGCCCUAAGGCAGCUAAGGCCAUGGAGUUCAAUCAUAUAUUAGCCGAUCAAAAGAAACAGAAAGAUGACUCCUCAAGGAUUAUGACUAAACCCUUGAUCAUGACCCAGUUGGAAGACAAAGCAAUAGAAGAAUUGGAGAGGUUCUACAAUAUCCAUGAGGUGGAUGAUGAAUGGAUCACUGUGAACCGUAUAGAGUUACAAGUGGCCUCGCCCCAGUGGAUACACACUGCCCCAAAGUGAACCGUGCUUACACAUAGUACUUUACAAUAAUGUUAUUUUCUAACUAGGUAUAAUCAAGUGAAAGAAAGUAUGUAAUUUUUAAUUAAGACUUGAUGUUUUUCA